AUGCCCGUGAACAACGGUGAAGGUUCUGAAGAAGAGCCACAGCGGCAACCACAGGAAAGGAGGCCCAUCUUGCCAAAAUAUGCUACAACCACUCACGCAGACAAGAAGAUUGCGCCUGUAUCCACCGCUGAUUUCAACAAGAACCUCACAGUAGAAAAAGCUCGCUUUGAUUCUACUAGCUCGGUUAAUAUUCCUCAUCCUCCUACUGCUAGCAAUUCAACACCCAUCACUCCAUUGGCGCCACUGAUAGUAAAGACACCUCCUCCAAUUGACGACUCACAGCAAGAUACAUCUACACAUCCGAGUCUCCCUCCACCAUUAACUACCUCUGUCACACUACCCGCUGUGGCAACUGUUCAAUCAUUGAGUGGCGCUUCAACGCCUACUACUACAACUGCCCCUACAAUCAACACCAUGCCAAGCCAGAGCACCCCAUUAAUGACUAAAUCAACCAAGCCCACAACUGCUGUAGCCACUAUGAAAGCCGCCACUGAUGAUCGCCGAAGCACUAUCAAGAGGAAAAAGUUACCACCUAUGAGUGGUACAGCCACACCGUCAGAAGUGUUUCAUAGAAAUCUAGUGGAUGCCGUGUCCAAUGUAGAAGACUCUGAUGAAAACGAGCAAUAUGUGUAUCCUUACAGUGGCAAUAACACGGAUUCAACCCAUCACAUGAACUCGACAGACACCAUUCACCGCACCACAUCGUCCUCUCUGUACAGGCCUCAAUCGGCGCGGUCCUUCAUCAACAACUCACCUCAGCAGGACCUGUUGCCAACAAAGUCUUCAUCCGGCUUUCUGGGCGAUCUGCUGCGUCCCAUCCUGUUCAAGAGCAAAUCAGACUCAAAAGCCAUCUACAAACAACAACGAGAGGAACAAUUUGCACGCCCAAAGCUUCGAAGUUAUGUGAUGGAUCAUCCCUAUAACCAGACGACGCAGACAGCCAAAGAUUGGUUUGAUGGUAAGCACAGUCCUCCCCUAUAUCAAGGUGGCAGUCGACGUAAGAUGUAUUCAAACUAUGGUUUGGGCGGCAAUGACGCGGGAUACACUACGGAUGAUGAAGAGGCUCAGCAUUUGCUGGCAACACAUCCAACAAGGAGAUCACAGCAGCAGCAACAACAACAACAGCAUCAUAGAAAACAAACAAAUGCAAGCUCUCGGUUGAUACGGAAUAGCUUGGUCUUUUUAAUAUCGCUUGUCAUUAUCCUAUUUCUGUCCAUCACCUAUCUAGCAAAACCAUUGCAAGAACUGACUGUCGAGAUCAGCCGUGUAUUGUCAUCUGAUAAAGAACUGAUAUUCGAUUUGCACAUCAGCGCUAUCAAUUCAAACAUUUGGACAGUACAUGUAGCCGAAGCAGAUAUUAGUGUGUUUGCAUUCAGUCAGGUAGUUCCCAUGAAUUCCUUGAUUCCUUCGCCCAUUGCGCGCGGUGUGGAUCCUGCAGAGUAUCUGGGAGGCUUUUACCAUUUUGACGAGCCACUGUCGUUUCCAUCUUCCCUGAUAUCCAAGCAUCCUGUUACUGCCAUAAGUCAAAUUCGUAUUAAAUCGCCUGGUGCUGACAAAAGUGGCAAUGAACGAUGGUCUCGCAUCAUUCGGUACCCUUAUGGGCUUGUGGUCAGAGGCGUGCUCAAAUAUAGACCCUUGGCACUCCUGAGUCCAUAUCCUCAAUCCCUUGCUAUUUGUGAUGUGGUGCGUGUGAACCCGACUACUGACAAGGUAUCCGAGGAUCCCGAUCAAGGUUUUUGCUUGAGUUAUAAUAACAACCACACAGUUGUUGUAAGAACGGCUGCUGCCAGCCUUGUGAAUCAAACAGCCAUGGUGUAUUGA